CAUACUGAAUGCGCGUGAGGGGGGAAUCCGCACAGCCAAGCCUGCAUCCGAUGCGCUUUUCACAUGGACAUGGAUGGAAAUUAGGCCUCCGUUUGCUUUCGGCGCCGGGGUUACAUCUGCAUUUCCCCACCAGAUCCCCGCAGCCCUGUCGGAAUACAAUGGGAAUAAGCGCUUUCCUCCAUCAGACUACAGUGAGAACAUCAUGUGUCAGCGGACUCCAGCAGCACUAGCCUGAGAUGAGGAGGAUGGUGAUGAUGGGAAGCUAUCUGCUAACUCAAGGAUGCUUUACCGCAAAUAAACCUCCAUGUCAUCUCUGCUCUCGGUUUUACUUCAUUUAAUUGAACGCUUCUCAGUUUUACUUAUACAUUUACAAUCGUUUUAGCGUUGGAGAGAUUUUUUUUUAUAAAGACCUGCAGUUAUUUUGGACUUAAGUUAGCUUCGCUAGCUAAGCAGCUGUUGGUUUGACUGUCAGUGGAUAUUUUCAGGAAACGGAGGGAUUUACAGCCAAACACCGCACUGAUCAGGCCGGUAAAGAGUGUAAACGAGACAUCUGGAGUCCCGAGGGAAUGAAUUCGCUGAGCAGAUUAAACGACACGUCUUGUCAAAUGAAAUGAACGGUCCGUAAAUAAACGCUCGUGGAUUUGUUUGUGUAGAUGCAAAGGUGGCCGCUGCCCAAACAAACAUUUCAUAAAAACCGACCUAAAUUUUAAACUUCAUCCCUUGACACACAAUCUAAACGGUUUUAACACAGAAUAGCAGAAAUGGCUGAAGAGGCGUUUCCUUUACAUUAUCUGGUCUGGAACAAUCAAUAUCUGGAACUGGACCGAGAGCUUCAGAAAAAGCAGCAUGACAUGGAGCGGCUCGAUCCGCGCGGCCGCUCGGCGCUCGAGCUGUCAGUGUGUCUCGGGCACCUGGAGUCCACGCGCGUCCUGCUCAGACACAACGCAGAUCCCACACACAGCAACACACAGGGCUGGACAGUUUUACAGGAGGCCGUGAGCACUGGAGACCCUGAACUGGUGCAGCUGGUCCUUCAGUACAGAGACUUCAGAAGAGCCACAGAGAGACUGGCUGGUAUUCCUGAGCUACUGAGCAAACUGAGACAGGCACGUGACUUCUAUGUGGAGAUGAAAUGGGAAUUUACUAGCUGGGUUCCUCUAGUGUCAAAAGUUUGUCCAAGCGAUGUUUAUCGGGUCUGGAAAAGCGGUUCAUGUUUGAGGGUCGACACCACUUUACUGGGCUUUGAGCACAUGACUUGGCUAAAGGGCAGGCGCAGCUACAUCUUUAAAGGUGGAGAGAGUGGAGCAAUGGUGAUGGAGGUGGACCACGAGAAGCAGGUGGUUUAUACGGAGCCACUGUCUCUUUCUCCACGUGACGCUCCAUCUCUGCUCGCCGCCAUGUUGCCCUCACAAGAAAACACAGCUCAGAGACUGACCUCUCCGAUAGUGUCCACUCAUCUGAACACACGCAACAUCGCCUUCGAGAGAAAUAAGUCUGGGAUUUGGGGAUGGCGCUCAGAGAAGACAGAGGUUGUCAGCGGAUAUGAAGCAAAGGUUUACAGUGCUAGUAAUGUGGAGUUAGUGACCCGUUCUAGGACUGAACAUCUUUCUGAUCAGGACAAGUCUAGAAGUAAAGGGUCUAGAACUCCUUUACAGUCGUUUCUGGGUAUUGCUGAGCAACACAUCUCCAGUACUGGGAGUCAGGUUUCUCAGUGCGCGAGUCCUCAUAAUCCAACAGCAAUCACAGCAGAGGAGUACUUCGAUGCAGAGUUUAACCUAAACGGCAGAGAUAUCGGCCGGCCUAUUGAACUGACCAGCAAAGUGCAGAAGUUUAAGGCCACUUUAUGGUUGAGUGAAGCUCACCCUCUCUCUCUGGCGGAGCAGGUGACGCCCAUCAUUGACCUCAUGGCCAUUUCUAAUGCCCACUUCGCCAAACUGAGAGACUUCAUCACUCUCCGUCUGCCACCUGGAUUUCCUGUGAAGAUAGAAAUCCCCCUCUUCCAUGUGUUGAACGCUCGAGUGACGUUCAGCAAUCUUUGUGGCUGCGAUGAACCCGUCAGUUCUGUUACUGUACAAUCUCCACAAGGAGCCACAGAGGCUGGUGAGACUCCUCCGCCACUGCAGUGUGAAGUGGACCCAUCCGUGUUUGAGCCUCCUCCAGAAUACACUACACUUGGACCGGGCCGCAGUGAACCAAUGAGAGACGAGGAUGACAAUUUACUCCAGUUCGCCAUUCAACAGAGCCUGCUGGAUGCCGGAACAGAGAGUGACCAGGUGACCAUAUGGGAGGCUCUCACUAACACUCGUCCAGUUUCUCAGCCUCCGCUUUAUGAGGAGGACUCUCAGCUGGAGAGGUGUGUGGCAAUUCAAGAGUCUCUGUCUCUGUCGUUGGCUGGAGGGGAGAGUGGAGAGUCAGACUCGGGUCCACCAUUAUCCCCAUCUGAUCCCGCUCUCAGUUCACCUCCAUGUUACAGCUCUCUGACGGAGCCUCGGGCACCUGGAGCGUUUGCGGUGGCCAGCAGUUUUGACGAACAGCUACGCCUCGCUAUGGAGCUUUCAUGCAGAGAACAAGAGGAGAUAGACAGGAAGAGAAGGGAAGAGGAGGAAGAGCUGGAGAGAAUUUUACAGCUGUCUCUCACAGAGAAAUAACUCCAGUACUGCUACAUGUGGGAUUUAAAGGAAUUAUUUAUUGGUUGUGUUAUUAUUUUAUUUUGUGCAAUGUUAAAUUAUUCUUCUUCGCUCUUCAUUUCUUUUACAAAAAUAAUAAAGAUGGACUAGAAAGAGGAACCAAGAGAGAGUGUGCGCCAAGAAUGAAUUCAAAGAGCACGGCAUGAAAACGUGAAUGAGAUCCUCUCGGUUCCGCUGUCUUCUGAGUGAUGAAGGUCAGCUUCAUUGUACAAUGAUACAGAUGAAAAUGUGAAUAUUAUUUAUGGAUACUGACGAUUAUGAUAAUGCAUAAAGUACUGCAAUUACUAUUGCAUAAAAUGAGUUUACUUAUGAUGGAUGAUAACUACAUCAAAGUAUUAAAUGUUGCUCAAACAC